CCGAAUCCCUCCGAGAAAAGGCGGCUCCAAAAACCAGAUCUCCUCAGCAAAAUCUGUACAAGAUCCGCCCUUGAUUUGGAUAACACGAGCGAACGUGUGGUGGGCCGUCGAGUGAAACAAGAUUCGCCAUGCGGCGGAACAGGAAGGAUUCCGGCUAUCCGACGGCGGCUCCAGGGGAGGAGGAUGAGGCGGAGGAACUGACUGAGGAGGGCGACGAGGAAGAGGAGGAACAGACGGAGGAGGGAUGUGGUGAGGAGGAUGAAGUUGAAGCGGAGACGCCGGCGCAGGAAGCUGUGGAGCCGCCGAAGCUGGCUGAGGGCUACUUCGAGAUCGAGGCCAUCCGCCGCCGCCGCCUCCGCAAGGGCCAGCUCCAGUACCUCGUCAAGUGGCGUGGGUGGCCAGAGAGUGCUAACACAUGGGAACCCCUUGAAAACCUGAAGGCCUGUUCUGACAUUGUUGAUGCUUUCAAUAAGCGGUCAAGGUCGCCCAGAUCCUGUGGAAAGCGAAAGCGCAAGACUCCAACAACUCCAACAUCCGAUCCUAACCCUUCUCGUGGCAAACGUGGUCGACCACCUCGGUCGGAGGCCCGGAGCAUGCAUAGCAUACAUGCCUCAGAAGUGAAGAAACUGCCCUGCAGGACAAGUAGUAGGAGAGCAAAUAAUAAUAGUAACAAGACCUCACCUGGGGGCCUUGGCGCAGCAGUGAAUUUGCUUGGGCAAAGAAUAGUACAGGAGGGUAGUUCUGGUGUGGUCUCAGUUGGGUUUCCAUCUCAAGAGGCUCCCUUAUCUGUUAGCUUGACUGAUCAACAAGAUGCGCAGCACCCUGCUAAUGGUUCAUUGAAGAUGGACAAUGAAAUACGAGCAAUCACACCUCAGGGUGGACAGGUGACAGGUGCUAAGAAGCGCAAGUCUGGAUGUGUAAGAAGGUUUAAGCAGGAUGAAGUAACACAUGAGCAAGGAGAUAUCCGUGAUCGAACAAGUGACAAGCCAGGCAACGAGACUGUUGAUUCCACAGAAGGAGAUCCUGGUGAUAAGAACAAAGGGGAGGACUCUGGUAACCAAAUUCAUAUGCCUAAGAUCAUUAAGAUCAUUAAGCCAGUGCGCUAUUUUGCCACAGUUAUGGAUGGUGUGCAGCAAGUUGCAAUAACAUUCAAGGCUCUCAGGUCUGACGGGGAAAUGGUAUUCGUGGACGAUAAGCAGUUGAAAGCUAAGGAGCCCCUGGUGCUUAUUGAUUACUAUGAGCAACACCUUCGCUACAACCCCACCUCGUGAUAAGGAUGCAUUGACGCUGCUGGGUUUCAGUUGCAUGUGCUGCACCUAUGUUUGGAACAAAUGGAAAUGUAUUUAAAUGUAGCAUUUUUUGUGCUAGAUGCAUUUGUAGUAUUAUUUGAGUAAGUAGAUAAUUAGUAAGUAGCCAAUGCUGAGUGCAAGUGAAAC